AUAGUUUUGUUACAUUUAAUAAAGAAAAAAAACAGGGAAAAAAUACACGACACACACAUUUGUUGCUUUAGAUUUCCAUUGGCUUCAUUUUGAACAUUCAACACCAAGAAGAUCUCACGCAUCUGCAUCAUUAUUUUGCAAUGGAGAAGAAACAAAUGUCUGUGCAUAAUGUUUUGGAAUCGCAAUCGAGCAGCAGUCGUCGCGUGAUGUGGAAAGUGGGCGAGGAAGAGGAGGAAGUCUUUGAUUCGGUUGUCAACUAUCGUCUCCUAUUGCCAGACAAUUUGGAGCACGAACAGGCCAGUCAAAGUAAAGCUUCAACUGAUGACAAGAAAGCUAUAAAUGAAACGAGCGAUGUGGCAUCCAAGCGAAGAGCUCGUGUAUUGGGCUACUGGCAUCGUUUGUUCGAUCGGCUACGCAUUCAGGCCUCACCCAGUUUAGCACUGCGCUACAAGCCAUCAGACGGGUCGCUCAAGGAUCAACACAGCAGUAAGGAAGCGUCUAAAGAUCCCGCUGGCGAUAUCAAAUUGGAGACGUGCUUUUUUCCACCUUAUCAAACAGCUGUGGUGCGUGAAGUGGCGCCCACGUUUGCCCAUCGCUUAUGCUUGCCGGACGACAGCGACUCGUGUUGUUCCGGUUCGAUCGAGUUGCGUAUUCCUCUAUUGAAAACCUCAAGGAUCGGCAAAAUGUCUAGAGCCAGAGUUGUGCACGAGAGCACUUCGACAUAUAGUCAACCAGAAACAGCAGCAGCGACGACAACUGACAAUGCAAAGUUUAAGCGUCGCAAUAAAAAGACAGUGGGAUCUUCGAUUGCUGGUGCUGGUGGCAAUAGCUCCAGGGUUAAUAGCAGCAACAAGUCAGCAUCCAAUGGAAGUGCCAACUGCGUUUUGCCAACAUUGCGACAGCGACAACUGGAACUUCAUCGUUAUCGUGUGCUCAUUGAGAAGCGGCGUCUGGAACUGCUGGAUCUAAAGAUCGUGCGCGAACGGGCGGAUUCAUUACGUCAUGAGAUACUGUUCCACAAGGAUUUGCAGCUAAAACACAAUCAGAUCAAGGCAUAUGAGGACAACAACAGCUCCCAGGCAUAGAAUAUAAUGAUCUUCGCCAUCUGUUCAAUUCUCAAAAUCAUCAAGCAGUAGUAUUAACAACAAAUCUCCCAAAACAAAAUAUACAGUGCAAUAAAAUUAUUGGUUAUUUAAAUA